AUGUCGACCAAACUAUACAUACAGAUGCUGAAGCGCGCCGACGAGGCCCUGCAGCAGCUGCUGCCGGAGGACCAAGACCUGCUGGCGAAGACCAAGCCCAUCAAGGACGUGGAAGGCGCUCGUCUGACGGUGGCCCGCCUCUACCUCAUCUACGGGCAGAUCGUGAAGGAGCUGGACAUGUGCUACUUCCAGAUGGUCCAUCCGCAGAAGAGAGACCUCGUCAGGAAGCUGCUCGACCUCAGCGUAGGGCGCAUGCUGGAGCUGAAGGCAGAGCUGGUCACGUUCGACAACGCAGACACGGUGUACCUGGACGACGUGCUCAUAGCACUGCACAUGACCCCGUACAACGAGAAGAGCGGCGCGCUCAUGUACUACGCGCGGGACCGCGACAAGGAGCUGCAGGCCCGCCUCGUCGCCAUGGACGCCACCGAGGCCAAGAUCGAGACGCUGGCGGAGACGCGCGCCGCCAUCGACGAGCUGGGCGUCAAGAUCGAGGAGCUGGCCGAGACGUGCCUCUCGCUGGACAUGAUCGACGAGGACGCGAUGGCGGGCGUGGCGGCCAAGGCGGAGCUGCUCAACACGAUCGCGCAGAUGCUGGACGCGCUGGAGCAGGGCAAGGGCUCCAAGGAGGCGGUGGACCGCAAGCUGCAGGACGUGGGCACGUGGCGGAUCAUGCUGCCGCAGUACGAGGGCACGGCCGAGGAGGUGGCGGCGCGCAACGCGGCCGCAGACUACAUCCACCGCCAGCUGGAGGAGCUGACGGCCAAGCGCGACGCCGUCAAGAGCAUCGACCGGCAGCAGGACGCGCUGCCCGCGCGCAGGGCCGCCAUGGAGGAGGUGGACGCGAGGCUGCAGAAGCUGGCCGCCUGGCGCAAGGCGCUGCAAGACUUCGACCGCCAGCUCGCCGAGCUCACCUUCAAGCGCGCCGCCUUCGACGACCCCAACAAGAAGCGCGGUGCGCUCCCGCCUGGAGACGACGUCCAGCCGACGCGGACGCGGCGCUUCAAAAAGGCCCAGGUGGAUGAAGAGGAGGAGGAGGCCGGGCCAGCCGAAGAAGGGGGGCCGACGCGCGAGCAAGAGGUGGCGGCCGCCGUUGCGCUCAUACAGCGUCACGAGAGGGCCAGGCAAGGCCGCACACAGUAUGCUGAGGCGGCGAGACUGAGCCGCUUGAAGAAGCGCGCGGCUGCCGGGGAGUUACCGCCCAGGAUACCUGCCAAGGUGCUCAACGGCGCCGCCACGCAGAUACAGCGCGUCUGGAGGGGCUACAGUACGCGCAAAAAGCUGAAGCGCCAGGAGGAGCGCAGGCGGAUGGUGAUGAGCGAGGUGGUGCCGAGCUGGCGGACCUACGCGGAGCUGGAGCGAGUGUCGCAGGUGUACGAGCACCGGCGCGGAGUGCUGGAGGCGCACUUCCGGGAGAUGGAGGACUUCAUCGCCGCCGACCUGGAGCGCUACGAGCGCAAGCGCUGGCCCUGGCUGCUGGAGCAGUACUGCGACGAGCUGCGCGCCUGGUUCCAGGAAUGGUACGAGAAGUGCAAGUGCUUCCCGUUCUUCCCCGAUGAGGAGGACGGUGGCUCCAUGCUCCUCGUCCUGGGUCAGCUCAUGACACCAGAGCAGUACUUGGAGGUGCAAGAACUAAAACGUCUAGAAGCUUUGAAAAGUCCUAAGGAGAAGGAGAAGGAGCGUAAAGAAAAGGAGAAACAGAAGCAAAAGGAAAAAGAAGCGAGGAAGAAGGAAAAGGAAAAGGAGAAAGCUGCCAAGGAAAGACUAAAAAAACUCAUUGCGAUGGGAAAGGGGCCUGUGGGCUUCAAGCCCAAACCAUCAAAGGUAAUGCCGCAAAUGGAACUCGCUAACGAGGAAUUUGGCAGCGUGUGGCGGUGUCGGGACGACACGGCCAACACGCUGCAGCGGCUGGAGGAAGACAUGGCUCGGGACGAGAACAGGCCUAUCGUGGAGGCGCGGAUCCGGCAGGCAGCUGACGUCAUGAUGCGGGUCGAGCUGGAGCAGCUCGAGGCUGCGCUGCUUCGUGACAACAAGGGGAAAGGCAAGAAGAAGCCGCCGAAAAAGAAGAAGAAAAAGAAGGGCGGCAAGAAGAAGGACCCCACGAAGAACCGGACGACGGAGUCGCUGUUCGAGGAGCUGUACGCGGAGGGCGUGAUCCGGCGCUACGAGCCGGCGCGCCUGAGCGACUUCUUCGGCGAGAUCUCGCUGAACGCCUUCGACUACCGCUUGGACGGGCGCAACCCGCCGGGCGCCCCCGGUGACGUUCGCCACCUCAUCAGAGACCUCUGCAUGCUGCCCAUGGGCUCCGAAACGGUGCACCGCCUGGCGCCGCUGGUGCGAUCCGUGUGCAUCCUGGGCCCGCCGCAGUCGGGCAAGAAGCUACUGGCGCGAGCCGUCUGCACGGAGCUGGGCGCCGUCAUGUUUGACCUGACGCCGAAGAACCUGGCCGGCAAGUACCCGGGCAACAAGGGCCUCAAGAUGCUGCUGCAUCUCAUCGAAAAGAUGUCGCGCGUGCUGCAGCCCACGGUCCUCUUCGUGGACGGAGCGGAGAAGAUGUUCUACAAGCGCGUGCCGCCCGAAGAGAAGAAUACGGAGCCGAAGAAGCUGGCGACGAAACUGCCGAAGAUAGUGAAGAAGAUCAAAGGCGAAGACCGUGUGCUGCUGCUGGGCACCAGCAGCCAGCCGUGGGCGGCCGGGCCCAAGCUGUCCAAGGCGUACGAGAAGUUCGUGCUGCUGCCGCGCAACGACUACGGCACCGUGCGCGCCAUCUGGCACUCCGAGCUCAUGGCCUACCACGGCGUCAGCAGGGAGAUCGACCUGAGCGGCCUGACGCAGAUGACGGUGGGCUACACGCUGCCCGCGAUCCGCUCUGCCGUGCAGCAGACGCUGACGGUGGAGCGCCGCCUGCGGCUCGCCCAAGAACCGCUGCACCCGCUGGAGCUGUACCGGCCGCUGGAG